AUGGAUCUGUCAUCCAUGGAUAAUUCAACAUAUUUUACAACGGUUGUAUUGGCUGGCUACAUUGAUAUCGGUGAUAUGAAGUAUUUGUGUUUCGUUGUUUUGAUCUUGUUGUUUGCUGCAAUCAUAGUAGCAAAUCUGUUCAUUAUUGGAAUAAUAUAUAAGGAGAAGUCUUUGCAUGAACCCAUGUAUGUCUUUUUAUGUAGCUUGUGUGCAAAUCAACUGUGCGGCAGCUUUUCUUUAUUCCCAUUUGUUUUAGGCAACAUGCUACUGUCAAAAACCCCAGAAGUUCCUCUCACUGUUUGUCAUGCUCAGAUAUUUGCUUUGUACACGUAUGCACAAGUAGAAUUCUGUAACUUAGCCAUGAUGUCUUAUGACCGGUAUGUAGCUAUCUGUCACCCUUUGGAAUAUCACAGAAUCAUGUCUCCUGCCAGGACAAUUACAUUAAUCGCUCUUGGUUGGUCAUUGGAAAUUAUCAUAUUAUCCUUUUCUUUCUCUGUCAAUGUACAGCUGAAAUUGUGUGGAAAUGUUCUGGAUAAAGUGUGGUGUGACAACUACAUGCUUGUGAAAAUGGCAUGCUCAGACACGACACCAAACAACAUCGCUGGCAUGACCGGUAUCGCAGUCACCAUCGGUGCGCCACUGCUAUUAAUUUUGUUCUCAUAUGCAAAGAUUUUAAGAGUAUGCCUUAAGUUCACAAGACAAAAGGCCAAGAAGUCUCUGUACACAUGUAUUCUGCAUCUCAUCUCGCUGCUGAAUUUCGCUGUUGGCUGUUCGUUUGAACUGAUUCAAAGCAGAUUUGGCAAGCUUCCCAUGCCUGCUGUAGUGCGUGUGAUUCUCUCACUUUAUUUCCUAGUGUGUCCACCACUGAUCAAUCCUAUCAUGUACGGCGUAAGGCUUGCUAAUAUAAAAAAGGCACUUAAAAAAUGUAUUUGCAUGUAG